AAGGUCACAUUGCGAGCCGGUGUCAAAACAAAGUUGUUUAUAGCGAAUUACGCGUUAAAAUUAAUAAAAAAUUUUAUGCUAAAGUUAUAUAGAGUCUAUAUUAGAACAAUGUCUUCACAAAACAAACAAAAUAUGCCAUCUUUGUCAAGUAAAUUGGCUAAGUUUCAGAAAGUUGUAAAGCCGAAACUAAUUGUCAAUCAGGAAAUAAAGUUACAGGACAUCGAGGAUUUACCCGGCGGAUCAGCUGCACGUUACUUUUCCCCCAGACAAACACGCAAGCAACGUCAGUCAAACACUGCAGUACUCAAAAUUGAUUUGCCCGCCAAAAAAGCUCGUCAAAUUGGGAAAGAAAAAGCGCCAGUAAAUUCAAAAGCCACAAAAACAAAAAUCGGCUCAGCGACAAUUGUAGAGUGCGAAGUAGUGCCAAAGUAUGAAUGUGAUAACGAAAUUGAUGUGAAUUUCAUUAAAGCAGAGAAAGAAAGCCUCGAAAUAGUGUCGAAAUUAGAGCACGUAGAUAAGAUUGAAGUAAGUUCAAUUAAAACUGAACUGGUAAGUCCCAAAAUGGUCCCAAAAUGUGAGCCAGCUAACGGUAUUAAGACUGAGGUCGACAGCCCCAAUGUCAACUGGUGGCAACAGCUGGAGAAUGUGCGUCUGAUGCGCUCCGAGAGACCAGCUCCAGUUGAUACUCAGGGAUGCCAUCAAUGUGCCGACAAAAAUGCUGAUGAAAAGACGCAACGUUUCCACAAAUUGGUGGCUCUGAUGUUAUCCAGUCAGACCAAAGAUGAAACAACCUACGAGGCUAUGAAUCGCUUAAAAGCUCGAUCUCUAACACCUGCCAAUAUACAGCAAAUGCCUGUUGCUGAGUUGGAGAAAUUGCUGCACCCCGUGUCCUUCUACAAGAACAAAGCCAAGUACGUGAAGCAAACGGCGCAAAUAUUAAUUGAUAAAUACAACGAGGACAUACCGGACAAUAUUAAGGAGCUCCUCAAGCUGCCAGGAGUUGGUCCGAAAAUGGCACACAUUUGCAUGGCAACUGCCUGGAAUCAGAUCACUGGAAUUGGCGUAGACACGCAUGUGCAUCGCAUUUGCAACCGCCUCGCCUGGCUUAAGAAACCCACCAAGGAGCCAGAGCAGACGCGUGUGCAACUGGAAAGUUGGCUACCACAGGAACUGUGGGCCGAGGUUAAUCAUCUCUUUGUGGGCUUUGGACAGACCAUUUGCACUCCGCUUCGACCCAAUUGCGAAGGAUGUCUUAAUCGCGACAUUUGUGCGGCGUCAAGUGCAGCUAAGAAAAAAUAAA